GCGGGAGAGACUAACUCCAAGAAGAGAAGACGGAUGCACAAAAGCUUGCGGUAAGAAUAUAUUUGACUGCUAGCUAAGCUAAAAGUAGCCUAGCCAUAACCCAAAGCUAAGGGUGUAUUUUUUGUGAUUUACAGUACGCCGUCUUCACAACUCGGAGACAAAUUGCAGGCGCUAUGAACCGGCGCAAGGACUAAGCACGCCUCAUAAUGAGGCAGUUACCUCCUAUCUGCUCGGAGCAAUAACUGCAAGCCUCGAUUUACACUAUAUUGUUAAAGACGACAUUGUGUCCGCCUGUAAGACGUAUUACGAGACGGUACGCAGGAGCUUCAGAUAUACGCAGCCAGAGAACUCAAUGCGGGCGGAAGCUGCCAAGAAUUCAGCUCGGAGUCGAGCGAGAAGAAAGAGGCUGCAGGAAUCGAGGCAGAGCGUGCUAGCUGAUGAGGAAGUGGAACUCUGGAUGUCCGCCACCGUCGACCUCAUGUCUGACGAGGAAGAUGGCGUCGUUGGCAGGGUCUCUGGAUGGAUUGUACCGCCGUCAUUUCGUAGGCCGGAUCUCUCUGAACUCUGUGUGAAGCUGCAGUCCCGGUUAGAGGCGACGCCGAAGUACAAAGCCAUGCACAGCAGGCGUCUGCACAUCGGACCUCCCUCGGAAAGAACGCCGCCAGCAGUUGCCUACAACCCCGAGGAGGCGCACGGACAGUUCACGGAGUUGUAGUUUUUUGGAUACGCAUGUGUGGGAAGAUCCUCGAGUUGUAUAUAGUUGUGUGUGUGUGUGUUUUUUUUAAUAAAGCUCUUUCUUUGCAUAAACAUCU